AUGCAUUUAAAUUGUGAAAAGUGUAAAGACAACAAUCCUGAAAUGAAUUUGACAGAUAUUACAAACAAUACAGAAUGCACAUGGAUACAGUGGAUUAGAAAGGAAUUUACGUUUGAGAAGGGAAUAGGAAGAAAAAUUACUACUACAAAGAAAUAUGUUAAAGAAAGUAUUAAGGGUACAUUUUCAGAACUCAACUCUUUCUCAAAACUCAACUCAGAAAUGUUUUUAGCUGAUCUACGUGCAUUCCGGCAGCAUUUCUUUAAUAUAAAUCAUCAGCACAAAAAUAUCGAGAAGUUAUUGAUAACCUACUACCCAAUGAAGCAGCUCUAA